CAGGUUUGGUUUGAGGGCUGGUGUUCUAGCGCAACGCGCGAAAAGAAAAAGAAAAAACAAAAUAAAAGAAUUGUCUUGGACUUGUUUAGCAUUAUAUUCAUCAAAACAUCUCUAGAUCUCUAUUCAACCAUGAGUUCGAAAAAAUGUUGCUGUUGCUGCUGCCUCCUCCUCUUAUUAUUUUUCAUCGUGGGCCUGAUUGUUCUUUUCGUGCUUAAAGAAAAAUUAGGGCCGUCGUUAGAAGCGCGCUACAAGGUGACGGAUGCCUCAUUGAGCCAGUUUAGCAUGGGGUCUGGCAACAACCUAGAAUACAAUCUAGCCGCCAACAUGAGUGUUGAAAAUCCUAACAAAUAUUCUGACUACAGAUAUGAAAAAUUUAUAGCUGUUCCCUCUUACGGUGACGAGGAUUUAAAUGAAGUUUCUUUGAGCUCAUUUGAAGUAGCGAAGAAGAACACAUCUGCAUUGACACCUCUAGUGUUCAAAGGGCAGAAAUCGGUGUCUCUUAAGGGCGAUGCAGCGUCCAACCUUAAGAGUGGUUCGGUUUUCGAAAUCGUUUUGAAGCUCAAGAUUAAGGUUAUGAGCAGAGCUGGUAAGGUUGAAAUUUACAACGAGUACAAGGAAGAAUGCAAAUUGAAGGUUCCUUUGUUGAAUUCCAAGGAAAAAGCUUCUGAAAAAUUUGAGAGUACAGAUUGCAAAAAGGUUGGAAGCACUAGUUCGGGGAUAAAGGUGUGAUUUGUACAUUUGAGUCAUCUCAAGACCUCGUGGAAGAUUAUUGGGCAGGGGAUUUUUAGAACACGGUCUACAAGAGGUUUUGUGAUCUUUAGAAUAGGUGCUUAGUCUUAUUACCAACCACGACAGCAAAAAUGAGUACAAUCUGCAUGUGUUUC